CAGCGGUCCCAUCUACAGUACACAGGCUGGAAUUGGCAGCUUCCUGCUGACACUGGGGUCUUUCUGCAGACAGCAGCUUCAAGUUAGCUUUCAUCCUCCUGUGCAGUAUGGGGCCAGCGCGGCGAACUCUGGAACUGUUCUACGACGUUCUGUCCCCGUACUCCUGGCUGGGCUUUGAGGUCCUAUGCAGGUACCAACACCUCUGGAACAUCAAGCUGCAGCUGCAUCCUGCUCUCAUUGCUGGGAUCAUGAAUGACAGUGGAAACAAACCACCAGCUACGGUUCCCCGAAAAGGCCAAUACAUGAACAAAGAUAUGCUUCUCCUGGGGCAACAAUUCCAGGUUCCCCUCAACAUACCCAAGGAUUUAAACACUGUGAUGUUUAAGAAAGGAAGUCUAAAUGCCAUGCGCUUCCUCACGGCUGUGAGCAUGGAGCAACCAGAGCUGCUGGAGAAGGUGUCCAGAGAGCUAUGGAUGCGUAUUUGGUCUCGAGAUGAAGACAUCACGGAGUCCCAGAGCAUCCUGGCUGCUGCAGAGAAGGCAGGAAUGUCCACAGAGCAAGGCCAACUCUUUCUGGAGAAAAUCUCCACAGUACAGGUAAAGAACAAGCUCAAGGAGACCACUGAUGCGGCCUGCAGUUAUGGGGCCUUUGGGCUGCCCACCACUGUUGCCCACGUAGAUGAUAAAACCUACAUGUUAUUUGGUUCUGAUCGCAUGGAGUUGCUAGCUUACUUGCUGGGAGAGAAGUGGAUGGGUCCUGUGCCUACAGCCCAAUAUGCCAGACUUUAAGAUUGCCUUAAGAAGUGAACUUCAAGUUCUCCAUUUGACAAAGUUGACUUCCGUGACCCUGUGGGCUGAGGCAGGAAUCAGCUGCCUUUCCCUCUGUGCCUCACAAGUGCCUUUUGGAAAACCUUAAGUUCUGCAUUUCCAUAAAAUAAACCUAAUGCCGCUAACAAGACAUUUCUGGGUC